AUGUCGCACUCUGGCCAACACCUCACACUGCAAGCCCUCACACCCUUGACCAACGCAGACUCGUCUCCGCCGGGCAAGCAGCCCAGCCCACGGUCCACGAGACCCUCAUACGACACGAUGCCAAAGUCUGCUGCCUCGCGUGCACCGCCGUCGAGCGCGCCACCCAAUGGCACCGACACCAUCACACCCGUAAACACGCCGCCCGAGACGCGGAUAUCCAUAUUCCCCCCAGAUGGCGUCCUCGGCCAACGCAUCACCUACGACCCGCUUCUCGAUUCCAAGUUGGAUAAAAAGGCUCGCCAGUCGCGGCCGCCGACAUACAAACAAAUACUGGACAAGGGCGACCCGUCUCCCCCUCCCGAUCCCCGUCUGGCCAUUGCUGGCUACAGCACGGGUGCCUACGCCAUCAAGACCGUCGGUCCAGCGGCACCCAAGACGAAACUGCGGCUGGCGCCUUAUGUCGCCAAACCCUACGCUUUCGAUGCGCGCAUAUCUUGCGGCCCUGGCCCCGCCACCCAGGUGGUCGUGACUGGUUUCGAUCCACUGACCGCGGACGCGCAACUGCGCGGCUUCUUCUCCAUCUACGGUGAAAUCGAGAAGCUGCAAAACCAGGUCCACCCCGACAAUGGCAGUCCUCUGGGAAUAUGUCUCAUCAAGUUCCGCGACACUGCGCCUAUGCGCAACACGCCAGCGGUCAAAGCCUCGACAUCGGCGAAACGCGCAGAGCGCGAGGGCACAGGGCAGCGCAUUGGCACAGGGACACACCCAGUCAGAGUCCACACAGAUCGUGAAGGCAGAAGAUGCGCGAAGCUCGUGGGUAUGGCGGUCCAGCAGACUCGCAGGGAGCAGGAGAAGCUGAGGGCGAAGCUUGCUGCCCAAACGGCCAAGGGCUCCGCCCCUUCUGCGCCUGCCGGCUUCGAUCUGCCAGCAAACGUGCCAAAGGGGCCUUCGGGAAAGGGCACGCGCCCACCAAUACCGAUACCUCGAGAGCCCCUGUCGCGCAAGGCAGCACUUUCCUACCUCAUCGAACGAGAGCCGAUCAAGCCCACGAUGAAGCGAACGCCGUACCUGUUCAUCGCCCACCAAUACGUUCCUGUGCUGAGCACCACCAUCGAUCAUCUGAAGAGGCGCCUGAAGAACUUCAAAUGGAGCGCAGUCCGUUGCGAUCAGACGGGCUACUAUGUCACCUUUGAAGAGUCGAAGCGAGGCGAGGACGAAACGGUACGCUGUUUUCGCGAAUGCCACAUGCAAGCACUGUUCACCUACGUGAUGAACAUGGAAUGCAAUCAGUACGGCGACCCACAAUACGAGCGAAGCCCGAGCCCCGAGCGGGUCAUGGCGGACAAGAAGCGAAAGGCUGUUGAAGAUCGUAUUGCAGAGGAGGAAGCCGCGGAUCUGGAGCUGGAGAAGAAGCAAAGGGCUGACUCCCUGGAUCCCGUUCUAGCAGCUCUCGACCAGCUCAAGCAUGAGCUGUCGGAGAAGCUGCUUGGAGAUAUCAAGACGCGCAUCGCCGGUCCUGCUUUGCUAGACAUCAUGUCGUCAGAACGCCAGGCGGCAAAGCGACGGAAGCUGAACAUCCAGGAUCCGCAGACGAAAGAGAACAGUAGGAGCCUACCCUCCAUGCUAACCCCUACGCUGGAUCCAUUUGCUGCAGCAACGCCCAAAGGACGCAACGGGGGCUUCGGUGGACGACGUGGUCGCAACGCGCUUGGGCCUCUCGAUCACAACAGGCGAGGAAAGAAGCCUCUUCGAGUUGUCAAUGCCUUUGCAGACGAGCGAAGGAAAGCGUCUGCGCCGAAGCCAAAGAUCGCGCGUGGUCUUCAUCGACAGAUGCUGGAGAUGUUCGAACCCCAAGACGAGUCGGAUGACGAGGGCCGUAGUACUCUUACACGCGGCACCGAAGAGCAGGAAAGCCGACCUAUCAGCCGUGCCCACUCCACCGACGUUGAAGAUGAGGAAGAGUCCUCAAGAGCCCACCGCGCAAAGCGGCGGCGUAUCGAGACCGGGUGGGGCGAGGACAGUGAUGAAGAGAUGGACGAUACCCACGCCAGGAGCUUGCUUGCUCACUGCAUUCACAAAGACCCAGAGAACAUGGCAGAGAAAGAGUUGGAACAAGUGCUUGCGAUUCUUCCGCGUUCUUCGCCCAUUUGGAAGAAAGCAGACAAAGCACUCAAAGGUUUCCGGCGAUUGCGAAAGAUCGAACAAGAGGCGGACGCAAUCUUUGGGGUGGAAACACCACCAGAAGACAAACUUGAGCCUACAGUCACCAUCACUCAAGACGACGAAGCCGCCAAACCCAUCGAAACCACUGAGAAGGAAGUACCUGCCCCGGCGAAGAAGGGUGUUGCCAAACCCAAGAAGAAGACGAAGAAACAGCUUGAAGAAGAGAUCAAGGCUGCGAAGGCGGAGAUUACAGAGGAGGUCACAGAAGUCGCAGAAGCCGUUGAAGAGGAGCUUGCGGAAGUCAAGCCCGACAUAGUGACUGAAGUACCUGUUACUGAGACACCAGAAGAGGACGAUCGCGGCUCUGUCUACUGUGGCGUGUCAUCGGUCGAGCCGCGGAAAACAGUCGAGGAUGAUUUCAGCGUGGUGAUGGAUAUCGACGGCUGGCAGCAUUUGCUCAAGGACGAGGAGGAUCUCAAGUACCUCCACACGGCCAUGCAGUCAGUCUCUCCCGCCGAGGUUCAGGAUGCGCAGUCAUGGGCCUGGAAACAGAAGUCGAUCAAGCACCUCAACAAUUCUGGCGAGGCAGGUGUGUCUCGCAAGGAAACCAAGAUCGAAGGCUACUACGUACCCAACCCGACCGGGUCAGCGAGGACCGAGGGUGUUAAGAAGAUCCGCGAGUCCGAGAAGUCGAAAUACCUGCCGCAUCGUAUCCGCGUCGUCAGGGAGCGCGAAGAGCGUCAACGUCGCGCGAAGCAGGAAGACAAGUCCGUCAUCUCCGUGGAAGGCUUCAAGUUCCAGACCGGCUCCCAGAAGACAUCCACCGCCAACUCUCGCGCAAACCGUGCGAACAACCGUCGUAUGGUCAACGAUAUCAAUAUUUCCAAGGUUUCUGGUGCUGAGGGUGAUGCUCUACGCUUCAACCAGCUGAAGAAGCGCAAGAAGCUCGUCAAGUUCGAUCGAUCUGCCAUUCACAAUUGGGGAUUGUACGCGGAGGAGAACAUUGCUGCCAACGACAUGAUUAUCGAGUACGUUGGUGAUAGAGUGCGACAGCGAGUCGCAGAUUUGCGCGAAGCCAAGUACGACAUGCAAGGGGUUGGAUCCAGUUACCUCUUCCGUAUCGACGAGGAUACCGUCAUUGAUGCCACAAAGAUGGGUGGCAUUGCGCGUUUCAUCAACCACAGCUGUACGCCAAACUGUACAGCGAAGAUCAUUCGAGUCGACAACUCGAAGCGCAUUGUCAUCUAUGCUUUGCGAGACAUCAGCCAAGACGAGGAACUCACCUACGACUACAAAUUCGAACGCGAGAUGGAUGCCACGGACCGUAUCCCCUGUCUCUGCGGCUCCAUUGGUUGCAAAGGCUUCCUCAACUGA